AUGUCGACGGGCUCCCCGACGCUGCCUACUCCGAAGCCCGUGACAGAAGACGCUGAAAUCCUUCCUCGCCCCGCACCGUCGUUUCGCGAGGCCCUGGCAUCUCUGCCUGGCGACGGUAGUCGACAGGCUCCCGUGCUGUCUGCACCUCGUCCCGUCGCGCCGCCUGUCCCUCUCGCUGCGACGUCUGAUGUGUCUGCUCCGCCUGGCGCUCUUCAAGCUGCCGACCCCGCCGCUCCGUCUGCGGCCGCCGAGCGGGCGGUUGUUGCUGGCGGCGUGACGGCCCAGUCGCCUGAUGUUGCACCGCCAGCUCCGCACGUGGCGGGUCCGUCUGCGCCGCCUGUGGCCGUUCCCGUUGCGCCGCUGGUGGCAAAUCCCUCUGCGCCGUCCGCUCCGUGUCCGCAGUCUCCUGGCCAUCGUCAGCAGAGGCCCCAAUCCCCCGCGCGGCAGGACGAGCGCGAGACGUCCCGGCGCCGCCACAAUUCCCCGCGUCGCCGCGGUUCCCAGGCGAACUGGGCAGCGCAACGUGGUGGCCGAGGCGGCUGGUGGGGGCCGCGUCAGCGUGGUGGCGGCUGGGGGUAUGAUCAGCCGGUGACGAUGGCUGACCUGCAGCGCGCGGUAUCUGCUGCUGUGCGCGAGGAGCGGAACGGGCAGGCGAGCCAGAGCAACUCCCCGCGUGUUGCUCAGACCCCCGUGGCACCCCCUCCAACUGCACCUCCUGCCCAGGCUGCCCCUCGUCCUCCUGCGAUUGCUCCUCCUCCUCAUGUUCCCGCCGCUUCAACCCCUGUCCCGGGGAAUCACCGCCAGGUGCCGUGGGUCCCCCCUGUGGCGGGGGUCGAGUUUUUGACCGCGGCUGGUGGGCCCGUGACUGCGCAAUAUCCGUCCCUGCUGUCUGUUGAUCCCCCUCCCCCGUCCGCAGGUGCGGCGCACUCGUUCUCGGCCCUGCUGGGGCCUCAGCGUCCGGUCGCGGUUCCGGAGGUGACCCUUGGUCAGAUCUGGCGCCUCUCGGAGGCUCUGCGGGUCGUGCAUCUGGUGCAUGUGUAUGGUCAUGCCGCCUUGUCCCAGGGCGACUCACUGGUGGGCGGCCCUCGGGAUGAUUGUUUCGCGGCAGCUGAUCGCCUCGCCGAGCUGCUAGCGCCCGUGUUGGCUGCGCCCGCGCCGGGUGGGCUUGCGGGGGUCGGGCCCCUUGGUUCGGCCGUACGUGGGCUGCGGCGGUUGUUGCAUGCAGGGACUGGAUCCGGGGCGAUCGCCGCAGGCACGGUGUUGGUGCGUGAGCUGCAUCGCACGCUGUCGGGGCUGCUUGCUGUGUUUGACGUGGAUCAGAUGUAG